AUGGCGGCUCCGCCAAGUGUUCCAACACCGCCGAAAUCUCGUGGCCUAAGUCUGUUCGAUCGUCAAGCACAAUUACACGCGUAUGAUACUGAUAAAUCGUCGUCGUCGAGUUCGACAACAAAUCUGUUCGACAAACCUACAUUCUCAUCGAAACCGAUCACAUCUGCGCCUAUCAUCUAUCGUGGUACACAACAAAAUCAAUAUUCCCCAUUACUUGCCCAUCAUCGAUCACCAUUAUCAACUUCCGAAUGUCAUUCCAAUUCAAAUAAUAAUAAUAAUGUACAAUUAAUCGGCAUACAUCCUCGUCCGGAAUCUACUUAUAUCAAAGAAUGGCCAUCACCACCACCGCUACCGGCAAAAAGAAGCGAGCAAUUACUGGAAACGGAUUUUCCGAUGAUAGAGAACUUUCAAGCACAAGAGUCAGCAACAUCUGGAAGUAGUUUCGCACCAAGUGAUUCAUUAUGCUGUGCAAUGAUUGAACAAGCAUUUGAUUAUUUGCGAACACAUGACGAUAACGACGAUGUUGUUUAUAAAAAGCCCUCUAUCAGUCAUAUCGAUGGUUCUGACAACGAAGAGAACUCGGAAGGCAAUGACAGUGUCGAUACCAUUGAUCUCGAUGCCACAACAAGUACGAAUCAUCAAACUGAUAGUGGGAUUCACACAUCAUCAUCAUCCCAAGUAACUAUUGACAAACGUCAUGACAGUCAAGAGAAACUAACCGAUCAACAGUCACCAAUGGCGUCGUCAUCACGUGGUACCGGAAGCGAAGAUAACGAUAGUGAUUUUGAUAAUCAAUCUCAUGAAGAUGAUCUUGAAAACGAAGAAGAACAAGUCAUACCGAAGAAAGCCCCCGAAGAGCUGAUCAAUGAACAAGAAGAAUUGCAAAAGCAAUUAAUUAUUCGACAACAAAAAAUUCUUUGGAGUAUCGCACAAGAAUGGUUAAGAAAAGAGAAGAGUUAUAUCGAACAAUUAGAACAACUCGAUCAUCAACUCAAUCAUAUUUCUCUCGCAAUAACUUUACAAGAAAUGAUUCAGCAGUUAACAGCACAUCAUAAAAAUGUUUGUAAAGAAAUCGAAUUCUUGUAUGAACGUGAUCAUCAACCAGCAAACCUAACCAGACAAUUAACACGUGCAAUCGAUGCUUUGGUGCAAACGUUAAGUCUCUACGAUGAUUAUAUCAAGAAGAACUUAGCACCGAUCAGAAAAGCAUUAGAUAAACGACUUACCAACGGCAUGUCUAGUGAAGAACUUCUAUCCAUUCCACCCAAGCAAUUCCUUCAGAUUCUUUCGCAAGUGCAAGAUUUGUAUAAAACAGCUCUUUCAUUUGGAUCAGACGAUGCAGCCAGUCUCAAGAAGUUGCACGACUACGCACAGCAAUGUAAAAUCUAUGGAAAUAUCCAAGAUGAAAAUAUCAAUAAGAUUGUUCUGAAAAAUGAAGAUGUGGCGACAUUUACACGAGGCUCUCCUGAUCGUUGUCGUCUUGUUCUGUACCCUGAUGCAAUUGUUUGUUGUUAUUUGAAAAGCAAACUACUUGUCAGUCCGAAAUACGCUCUUCUUUCAUUCAUACCCAUGAUCAAUCUUCAUUGGACAGUACCGCAAACUUCAUCCGAAGAUAACAAAAAAACCGGUGGUGAGUAUCCACUUAUCGCAAGAGACAUGUCGAAGUUUGUCUGCAAUGGAAUUGUAGAUGAAUUAAAAUUAAAUUUAAAAUCAUCUUACAAAGAAUUAGAAAAGGCACCGAAAUCCAAUAAUGUCGCUGCAUCUCGUCUAUCCAAAGCAAUACGCAAACAGGAAAUCGAAUACAAUUUAGCGCAAUCAAAACUUCAAUUAGUCCUCUCGAAUUCGGCUGCAGCAGCAGCAGCAACAUCUCGUUCAUCCAUAUCUUUCACAAUUCUUUUCUCGUCAGCUUAUCAACUUCAAGAUUGGGUUGAUCUAAUCGAGAAAACUAAACAAGAACUUGUUCAACGAAGUUCUGACAGCUCAAAAACCAUCACUACAAACCAUCAACGUCUGACUGAUUCUCUCAUUCAAAAGCGUCUUGAUCUAAUCAAACCAAACGUUCAAGAUUUCAAUUCUUACGAGUCAUCUUCUGUUCCCAAACCAAGCAAAACGUAUUCGGGUACAUUACAUAUAACUAUUCAUAGUAUUCAUGGAACAGCAUUAUAUAAUCCUGCACGACAACAGUCAACGCUGCCGCUGUUGACAAAUCCAACAGAUAACAAUUAUCAAUUUUAUGUUGCGGUUGAAAUCGAUUCGUACAAUACUUUCUUUCCAUACGCUCAAACAGCAAGGCGAUCGAUGCAACAGCAAGAAUCUGUGGAAUUCAAAGGAGAAGUUUUUCAAGUGGAAUUGGAAUAUUCUUUAGCAUUUCGUUUACUCAUCUAUCGAAUAGAUGCAGGUAACUCAGGUAAUCAAACAAACAUUUCUCAACGUGCUCAGUGUAUUGGUAAAUUCCAUCGAAAUAUUGAAACGGCUCUAUACGAUUGUCAUCGUAGUGCUAAUGGUGUUUUAACAAUCGAGUCUCCAUCAGGUGAUUUAAAACUGAAAAUAUCAUUGAAAUAUUCCAAACGGGAAGGAACAUUCAAACGGCAAGGAUCAAAACGUAGUCUGGCUGUGUUCGGAAAAAGUAUCGACAUAUUAUUAAGUACACCGAAUGGCUGUGUCGAUGGUAUUCCUCGUUUGAUUGUGAAAUGCAUAGAGAUGGUUGAUCGAGAUGGUCUCAAAGAAACAGGUAUUUAUCGUGUCUGCUGUGUGACAUCUGAUUUACAAAAGCUUCGUCAUCAAUUCGACCGACAUUAUCAUCGCGGCGAAGAAUUGUUAGCUGAAAAGAAUGUUCACGUUGCAGCAAAUCUACUGAAACUGUUCUUUCGCGAACUACCGGAACCUUUGUUCACCAGUGCGCUUUACGCUCAAUUCGUCCAUGCGAUACAAUUGAAAGAUAUGGACAAUCAACGUGUAACAUUGCUGAGAACAUUAGAAUUAUUACCCGCAGCAAAUCGAAAAAUCCUCUUUCAUCUGUUGGACCAUUUGAUACGUGUGAGUGAAUAUUCGGAUGUCAACAUGAUGCACUUGGAUAACUUAGCGGUCGUGUUCGGACCGACUUUGAUGCGGCCAUCGAAGUUGGUUAUGACAAAUUGUUUCUCCAGUAGUAAUCAACGUUUGAAUAUGGCGGGAAACAGUGGUCAAACUGAUUUGGAUCAAAUGUCAGCUGAACUGCAAGGUUCCAUGCAUCAAUGUGAAGUCGUUUUGGCCUGUUUAAAGUUAAGACGAGAUAAUCUAUUGAAAUGA